UUUCCAAAACGACCCAAGUACAUGCUUAUAGUUGAAGCAAAGUUUGAUGGUGAACAGUUGGCUACUGAUCCCGUAGAGCAUACUGAUCAGCCAGAAUUUGCUACGGAAUUGGCUUGGGAACUUGAUAGGAAAGCGCUUCAUCAGCACAGGCUGCAGCGUACACCUAUCAAACUACAGUGUUUUGCAUUGGAUCCUGUGUCUUCAGCUAAAGAGAAUAUAGGCUAUAUUGUACUUGAUUUAAGGGCUGUGCAGGAAAAGAAACAGGCACCAAAAUGGUAUCCUCUGCUUAGUAACAAAUAUACUAAAUUUAAAUCUGAAAUACAAGUAGGUGUUGUGUUGGAGACUGAUUCAAAAGCACUGGUCGAUGGCUUUAAAGCAAAGGAGGCACCCCCUAGAGAAGGGAAGGCAUCUACCUUUCUUUCUGGACUAGACCCUAAAAGUAUUGUACCAGUCUUGAAUGAAGAAGAGGGCUAUCAUCAAAUUGGACCAGCAGAGUAUUGCAGAGACUACUUUGUCUUGUCUGUAACCAUUGCGUUUGCCACACAGUUGGAACAGUUAGUUCCUAGUACUAUGAAGCUUCCUGAACGACAGCCUGAGUUUUUUUUCUACUACUCCUUACUGGGAAAUGAUGUCACAAAUGAACCUUUUACUGAUUUAAUUAAUCCAAACUUUGAGCCAGAAAGAGCUUCAGUUCGAAUACGUAGUACAGCUGAUGUCCUUCAAGUUUAUCUUUGUGCACAGUCAAAAUUGCAGAUCCAUCUUUGCUGUGGGGACCAGUCUCUUGGAAGCACUGAAAUACCCCUGUCUGGACUACUGAAGAAAGGAAAUGUGGAGAUUGAUCAUCAUCCUCUGGCAAUAGAAGGAGCAUUUGUCCUUGUUCCACCAAAUAGAGCUAAACAGAAACUGCCACAGUUGCCUUUGGAUAUGGCUCCUACUGUUGGGGUAUCUGUAAUUCUGCAAAGGGAGAGCUUGAGUGCCCAGCCUUUGAUUCCCUUAAAUGCUCCAACUGAACCUAAGGAGCCACAGGAGAAAGUUCUUUCACCUAUUAGCGGAAAACCAGAGUGCCUGCAGCAGGGAUCCCAGAACGUUCUGUCUCAAGUUGACCACUCUUCUUCAACAGAAGAUGAAGCAACAGAAAGUGAAGUGGAAAGUCUUAAGUUUGAAAAAGGCACGAAACUAAAGAAAAAGGGACUGGUGGCUGAGUCUUGCCAAGAGGUUAACAAACAGUAUACUGAAGAGCUUCCAGUUUUCAAAUCGGAGAGCAAACCAAAGUCACCUCUAUUGUCAGAUCUCCAAAAUUCCACUGAUAAUGGUCCAGUAGCUGCAUCUCAGCCCAACCCCGUGGGUGCAUCCAGUUCUUCUGAGCCUGUGUCAGCACAGAAAGUUGUCAUUCCAGCAGCCUCUCACCAUUUUUGCUUUUCAAUAGACUUACGAAGUAUACGUGGUCUGGAAGUUGGUUUUCCAAUAAAUUGCAUUUUAAGGUACUCCUAUCCUUUUUUUGGCAGUGCAGCACCUAUUAUGACAAGUCCACCUGUAGAAGUCAGAAAGAACAUGGAAGUCUUUCUUCCACAGUCCUACUGUGCGUUUGACUUUGCAACUAUACCUCAUCAGCUUCAAGAUACAUUCUUCAGAUUACCUCUGCUGGUUGAAUUGUGGCACAAGGAUAAAACAGCUAAAGACUUACUUCUAGGGGUGGCGAGACUUCAGCUUUCAAAUGUUUUGGCUUCAGAAAAAACCCGGUUCUUGGGUGGUAAUGGUGAACAAUGCUGGCGUCAGACUUGUAAUGAAACAGUCAGUGUCACAGCAGCACAAGGGUCAGUCAACAGAAUAGCAGAGCUUUCAUAUACUAUCACUUUGGAAGACUACGGACUUGUGAAGAUGCAAGAAGUUCUGGUGUCAGAUUCUUCUCAAUGUGUAGGUGCUGGUCAGCAGCGGCAUGUCCCUCACACUCAGCCUCGCUGUGCCCCAGAAAACCAUCCAGAACCUCGAGAAACUCUUGAAUACAAAGCAGCGCUGGAGCUAGAAAUGUGGAAGGAAAUGCAAGAGGACAUUUUUGAAAAUCAGCUUAAAAAGAAGGAAAUGGCUCAUAUGCAAGCGCUUGCAGAAGAAUGGAAGAAAAGAGAUAGAGAGAGAGAAGCAUUAGUGAAGAAAAAGGUAGCAGAAUAUACUGUUUUGGAAGAACAACUUCAGAAAACCCUGCGAGAUCUAGAUAAGCGAGAACGACAGCUUUUUAGUGCUGAAUCAGAGCUUCAAAGAGUAAAGAAGGAGCUGCAAGCAGAGCAUGAACGAAAUUUGCAGGAGCUACAGGAUUCUGUGCGGCGAGCCAGAGAAGAAUGUGCACACCAGGUUGAGCUAGAAAGGUCAAAAAUCAAACAGCUGGAAGAAGACAAGCUUCGCUUACAGCAGCAGCUUUAUGAAGCAGAAAAUAAGCAUAAAAUUUUGGAGAAGGAAUUCCAGCAAUACAAAGAACAGCAAAGUAGCAAACCAGAAAUCCAGCUACAAUCGGAAAUAAAUCUUCUCACUUUAGAAAAGGUUGAACUUGAAAGAAAGUUGGAGUCAGCUACCAAGUCAAAGCUCCACUACAAGCAACAAUGGACAAGGGCUUUGAAAGAACUUGCAAGGUUAAAACAGCGUGAACAAGAAAAUGCAAUGGCUCACCUUAAAAAGCAGCAACAAGAGCUGGAGCACAUGAGGUUGCGCUAUUUGGCAGCAGAAGAAAAAGAGCUGGGGAAAACAGAUCGACAAGAGCUGGAGGAUAUCAGAAAUGAACUUAACAGGCUAAAGCAACAAGAAGAAGAGAGAAAGCAAUUGCAAGAUGUUAGAGAUAAUUCUGCUGGUAGAGUGGAUAGUCUUCAUUCUAGAAAAUUAAAUGAGAACGUGGAUGAUUAUCUCUCUCGUCUGAUAGAAGAGAGGGAUACCCUGUUGAGAACAGGAGUAUAUAAUCAUGAAGACCAUAUUGUAAGUGAACUUGAUCGUCAAAUCAGAGAAGCUAUUGCAAAAAGGAACAUCACUAAAUAA